AUGAAGGAGCAGUUCGAGCGGCAAGAUGAUAAGUUGGACCCUGAAGCUGCCAAUCCGGAAAUCGGCGUUGGGUGCUCGAGCCCCACAUACUGCACCCUUUCUUCUCUUUCUCACUUUGGCUUCCUCAUCCUUCUCGCCAUCUUUCAGCCUCUGUCCUUGCGGCUGCUCAGCUGCGUCGCAGCGAUGCCACCACUUCCUUUGAACGGCUCUUCCUACCCACCCUCGACCUCCGCUUAUCAACCGCUCCUGAACGCGGACGACCAGGACGACAUCGAAGCCUCCCAUUCCUCAUCACGCCGCGUUUCGCGCCGCACGUUCUCCUCCUCACCAUACCGCGCACGAGCCAAUGACCCGACCGACCUCUUGCAGACGUUUCUGUCAGACACACGGUCAACGGAUGCUGCCGGAACUUCAAAACGACUGUAUCUGCGAAUCACGGUGGGGGAGGGGAGGAAGAAGAUCGAGCUACCGCUGCCGGUGAUGACGAUGCAAGACUCGCUGCCAUUCGCACUUGCUGAUGACGUGCCUUGUCUGCGAGGGCUACCAGGCAGCGGAGCAUGCGGAUGGAAAGAAAAGCUAUCCGCACUGGUCCACGAAUUGACCGGAUCCUCAAGCUCCACCUCACACCCUGGUAAAGCCUCAGCGCUUCAAGUGUGGAACGCAUCCCACUCCAAACCCCUCUACGCAACACCCGAAGAAAUCGAUCGAUACCACACUCGCCUCCGCAACUCCGACUUACAUCCCUGGACACCUCUCAACACCACCACCACCUCCGCUACCCAACCCCCCUCCACCCACACAGCGAACCCGGACGAAGAAGUCGACAAACUCUUCACCGCCUCCGGUUCGCAGAGCGACUUCGACCUUUCCUCCGUAUUCUCGCGCUCGCGACCACGCAAGGCCACGCGGCUCGUGUCGUCGGCGCUGCAGGAGGCGUUUGAGAGGUUCGCGGACGACCGGCAUUUUUCCAAGUGGUUGGUGUGUAGAAAUGUGGUUUGGGGGUGGCAUCUGGAGAGGCUUCGGAGGAAAGUGGAGGAGCUUGUGAAGGAGGUCGAGGUCGACAGGAAGGGUAAGGGUAAAUCGGUGGAUGUCGGGGCGGAGGAGAGGGUGGAGGUGAAGGUGAUCGGGUUGGACGACGAAAGAGUGUAUCACGUGGUAUGGAGUCCCAUCGUCUUUCUCACGAGCAGAGCACCGCGGAUGUUUGAUUCGAGGAUAUCCUUGCUCGCAUUGAUGGGCUCAGGGACGGCAUUCGUAGUAGCAGUGGUGUUGGGCAUGCUAAGCAACACCCUGCUCAUCAUUGUCGUCCUGCUAGCGCUGUGCAGCUGGUCAACGCUGACGUGGUUAGUGCGGACUCAGCAAUCUUGCGUAUACGAUACGGUGGGUACCGCAUGGUCGUUGGCACCGAGGUGGGUCAAGGUUCCGGAUGUGGAUCCGGCGUGGGAUCGUGAGAGGGUGGUAGAAACUCUCAAAGUGGACGCGGGCAGCGGAGGUCCAGUGGGUAAAGUGGAAAGGAGGGGACCUAAUGGAGAUUGGUUCGUCCAGAGAGGGAUGGACCCCGAAGAGUGGUUGCAGAGUUACCGUGAGCGGCUGAUGCAGUGGGUUCGAGAGUGA